GACGCCGACGACGAUCCCGUGAGCCCGCAAAAUCUUCCCCCCUCCGUUCCACCCACAAAACUCGCACACCCCCAACGUUCCCUUCAACACCGCCAAACUGUCUUCUCCAAUCCUCCUCUCUCGCACCGUCUCGUACGACGCGGCCACCAAUCCUCCGCGAAGUGGCAGCGGAUCGUACAGAGCUAUGGCGGAACCCGGUGCCCGCAGAAGGAGAUCUAGCAGCAUCCUCCAAGUUCAUUACGAGCCGCAGGAGACUCUCGAGCAGAUAAGUGACCAGGCCGUCGUGCCCAACCUCAAUGCGAACUGGGUCAAUGCCAAAGGCGCCUGGACAAUUCAUUUCGUCCUUAUCUUGUGCCUAAAGAUAUUCUACGAUGUCAUGCCCGGCGUGUCGCAGGAGACAUCCUGGACUCUGACGAAUAUCUCGUACAUGUUUGGCUCCUACAUCAUGUUCCACUACGUCCGCGGCGUGCCUUUCGAGUUCAACGGCGGCGCGUUUGAUAAUCUAAACAUGUGGGAGCAGAUCGACGAUGGUGCGCAGUACACCCCGGCCAAGAAAUUCUUGCUCAGCGUCCCAAUCGUUCUGUUCCUACUCAGCACACAUUACACCCACUACGACCUGGCCUACUUCAUCAUCAACUUCCUGGCCGUGCUGGCAGUCGUCAUCCCUAAGCUGCCUUUUAGUCAUCGAAUGCGAUUCGGCCUUUUCUCUGAUUCCGACUAUUGAGCUGCAUGGCAAUAAGGCGUUAAGGUCUAGUUUGUGGAUUUGUCGACAUUAAAAAAGAAUGGAGUCGAAAGAAGGCAUACAUAGCGAGCAUGGUCCGACAUGGAAGACACAAGGUUGAGCGUUGCAGGUUACGCAUAUGCGAAGGGAGCUUUGAAGCAACGGGCAUGAGCCACUUCGACUGCGUCGAGAGAUCCGAGAAGGUGCCCGAAUCACCAUCCGUCUCCCGUCUUGGUUCAAGAUAAUGAGACGCGGCUCGCCGGAGCCCCAAGAACUUCCAGCGUCAAAUAUCCUUGACCAACGGUGUACUGGCGUUGCAAGGUCACGUCAUCGAAUCCGAAAAGCGAGCGGCGGGCAGCGAACGGUGGAAGAGGUCGGAUAGAUGUCCUGCCACGAUAUGUACCCAAGCGUUUUCAUCAAUUUUUCAAGCACAAACCCAAAAGACCUGUCUGCCCCUUCCCGGUGAGCGUCGACAUUGAUUUUC